ACAUGUACCAAAAAUAGCACCUCCUCUUGUUCAGCACCCAAAGGACGAAAGUGCGAGAUUCGCCUGUGUUGUCUAUUAUAACCAAUUCUUACUGUCCAUAUUUGUGUAGAAACGUACUGAACAGUUUUUUUUUUGAUGUGAGAAACCUAUUUGGUGUCAAACAUGCGUAAAAACCUACGCCAUCCAAGCAGGGAACCGCCGAGAAAGGAAUUAUCGCCGCUCAUCUGAGGCCAAAAUCGCAUAUUUUGUUUUGUCAAGUAAGGAAACAAAACAAUAUAUCACUACGACGAUACCCACUAGUCAGGUACCUAAAAAACAUCUACAUUCGUUCUACAGUUGGAAACCAGUUUGUAGGUAUGGGGGCGUUCCUGGACAAGCCUAAGACAGAGAAGCAUACGGCCCAUGGUGAGGGCAAUGGGCUGCAUUACGGCCUGAGCUCCAUGCAGGGCUGGCGGGUGGAGAUGGAGGAUGCCCACACUGCCAUGGUGGGCCUGCCCCACGGCCUCACCGACUGGUCCUUCUUCGCUGUCUACGACGGGCAUGCCGGCUCCCGCGUUGCCAAUUACUGCUCCGCCCACCUACUGGAGCACAUCCUAUCAGGGGGGGCGGAGUUCACCCCGGGGACGGGCUCAGUGGAGGGUGUAAAGGAUGGGAUCCGCACGGGCUUCCUGAAGAUCGACGAAUACAUGCGCAGCUUCACGGACCUGCGACAAGGGCUGGACCGCAGCGGCUCCACGGCGGUGGGUGUGCUGCUAAGCCCUUUCCACCUCUACUUCAUAAACUGUGGUGACUCCCGGGCCGUGCUGAGCCGAGAUGGACGAGUUGGAUUCUCUACACAGGACCACAAGCCGUGCAACCCCAGAGAGAAGGAGCGUAUCCAGAACGCAGGGGGGUCAGUGAUGAUCCAGAGGGUCAACGGUUCCCUGGCCGUGUCCAGAGCCCUGGGGGACUAUGACUACAAGUGUGUGGAUGGGAAGGGUCCCACAGAACAACUGGUCAGCCCAGAGCCAGAGGUGUGUGUGUUGGAGCGUGCUGCGGAGGGGGAUGAGUUUGUGGUGCUGGCGUGCGAUGGGAUCUGGGACGUGAUGUCCAACGAGGAGCUGUGCGAGUUCGUCAGGUCCCGGCUACAAGUGUUUGACGACCUGGAAAGAGUCUGCACUGCCGUGGUGGACACCUGUCUGCACAAGGGCAGCAGAGAUAACAUGAGUGUGGUGUUGGUGACUUUACCGGGAGCUCCCAAGGUGUCUGAGGAAGCCCUGAAGAGAGAGGAGGACCUGGACAAAUACCUGGAGACACGUGUAGAGGAUUUGCUGGGUAGCUGUGGAGAGGAGGGGGUUCCUGACCUGGUGUCUGUUCUGAGGAACAUUGCCUCUGAGAACAUCCCCAACCUUCCACCUGGAGGAGGCCUGGCCUGCAAGCGCAGUGUGAUCGAGGCGGUGUACAGCAGGCUGAACCCACAAAGAGAAGAGGAAGGGUGUGAUCUGGAGGACCCCUGGUAGUCGUGGUAACUGCGACCCGGUCUCCUCCUGUGAUUGGUCUAGCCACCCAGAGGGAGAAUUGCCUCUUCCACGUGCCCAGUGGACAACGUGUGUGUGUGUGUGCGUGUGAGGAUGAACACACCCACACACACACUCUGCUUUUCCUUGGGAGGAGUGUGUCUUUGGAGGUGUUGCGGUUGUUGUAAGGACUGAUGAAGCGUCUGGAUGGUAGACGUUUUUACCAUCCAGGUUUUCUGGUGUUACAUUUUUUUUGUUGUUGUUGACAUUGAUCACCUGACUACAUGGACAUGACCUGGGGUGGAUUUAUGUGUUUGUGUGUGUGAGAGAGAGACAGGAAAUUUGGAGGUGGGGAUUGGGACCCAGACUGGUUCAAUCUGGUACUUGUCUUGGACUCUGCUGCCUGAAAACCCCAACCGCCCGAACACACACACACACACACACCCUAAAACCUGAUACACCAAGCCCUGCAAAUGUACAGUGGGGAGAACAAGUAUUUCAUAAACUGCUGAUUUUGCAGGUUUUCGUACUUACAAUGCAUGUAGAGGUCUGUAAUUUUUAUCAUAGGUACACUUCAACUGUGAGAGACAGAAUCUAAAACAAAAAUCCAGAAAGUCACAUUGUAUGAUUUUUAAGUAAUUAAUUAGCAUUGUAUUGCAUGAAGUAAGUAUUUGAUACAUCAGAAAAGCAGAACUUAAUGUUUGGUACAGAAAACUUUGUUUUCAAUUACAGAGGUCAUACGUUUCCUGUAGUUCUUGACCAGGUUUGCACACACUGCAGCAGGGAUUUUGGCCCACUCCUCCAUAGAGACCUUCUCCAGAUCCUUCAGGUUUCGGGGCUGUUGAUAGGCAAUACGGACUUUCAGCUCCCUCCAAAGAUGUUCUAUUGGGUUCAGGUCUGGAGACUGGCUAAUCCACUCCAGGACCUUGAGAUGCUUCUUACGGAGCCACUCCUUAGUUGCCCUGGCUGUGUGUUUCGGGUCGUUGUCAUGCUGGAAGACCCAUCUUCAAUGCUCUUACUGAGGGAAGGAGGUUGUUGGCCAAGAUCUCGCGAUACAUCCAUCCUCCCCUCAAUACGGUGCAGUCGCCCUGUCCCCUUUGCAGAAAAGCAUCCCCAAAGAAUGCUCUUUCCUCCUCCAUGCUUCAUGGUUGGGAUGGGGUUCUUGGGGUUGUACUCAUCCUUCUUCCUCCAAACACGGCGAGUGGAGUUUAGACCAAAAAGCUCUAUUUUUGUCUCAUCAGACCACAUGACCUUCUCUCAUUCCUCCUCUGGAUCAUUCAGAUGGUCAUUGGCAAACUUCAGACGGGCCUGGACAUGCGCUGGCUUGAGCAGGGGGACCUUGCGUGCGCUGCAGGAUAUUAAUCCAUGAUGGCGUAGUGUGUUACUAAUGGUUUUCUUUGAGACUGUGGUCCCAGCUUCAGGUCAUUGACCAGGUCCUGCUGUGUAGUUCUGGGCUGAUCCCCCACCUUCCUCAUGAUCAUUGAUGCCCCACGAGGUGAGAUCUUGCAUGGAGCCCCAGACGGAGGGUGAUUGACUGUCAUCUUGAACUUCUUAAAUUUUCUAAUAAUUGCGCCAACAGUUGUUGCCUUCUCACCAAGCUGCUUGCCUAUUGUCCUGUAGCCCAUCCCAGCCUUGUGCAGGUCUACAAUUUUUAUCCCUGAUGUCCUUACACAGCUCUCUGGUCUUGGCCAUUGUGGAGAGGUUGGAGUCUGUUUGAUUGAGUGUGUGGACAGGUGUCUUUUAUACAGGUCAUGCAAUAAAAUGCAAAUGACAUACAAUGUGAUUUUCUGGAUUUUUGUUUUAGAUCCCGUCUCUCACAGUUGAAGUGUACCUAUGAUAAAAAAAAAUUACAGACCUCUACAUGCAUUGUAAGUAGGAUAACCUGCAAAAUCGGCAGGUUAUCAAAUAUUUGUGCUUCCCAUGUAUCUCUCUCUCACACACAGAGGGUGGGGGGUCCACGUGCUACACGUCCCUCACAACCCUCUGCUCCACGCCACAGCUACUGAACAGGUAUUGGUUAAAACUGAUCCCACCUGACCCCCUAUGUGCCACGCUACAGGGGGGGUAUUGGUUCAAACUGAUCCCACCAGACCGCCUCUGAUUGGUUCCUCCUGAUGGAUGGAGUCUUCUGAUCAUGUUUAUUUUCUGUUUGCUGUAGGAUAAACGAAGGAGAAGAGCGGUAAAAAGGAGAGGAGUGCUGAAUCUCAAAUCAGUCCCUUCCACUCGCUCCAAUGCCCUCGAUUUGUGCAUUCAUGUGAGCCCGCCAUAUGCACGUGUCCCAAAGCCGAGGGAGUGGAAAUAUUGAGGGGUUUAGGUCUAAUUUAGUCUCUCCGAUAGACACUUCAACCUGGCUUCACAGCAAAGUAAUAUUCCAACACGCACCACAAAGUGCAAUUUCAUAAAUAACAUUGAAAAGUCUUGCCUAAUGAUAAGGCACGUGCAUUUAUUUUGUGAAGCAGUGAAAUACAUCCCAAAUGAACUGUUCAACUGUUAAUGUGGUUUAAAUCUCGUUAAACAAUGGGGAAUUUCUCAAUUUGACUUGCAUGUCCAUUUUUACAUGUCUAUUUUAUUGAAAUUGAAAUGAAUCGUUAAAGUCAUGACUUUGUCCCGAAGUUGGUUGGGGUUAUUGAUUUGACACGCUGGAAACCAGCAUCAGUCUUGUCAGGAAGUGUGACAAUGGAGUGAUUUCCGAGAGUUGGUAGAGGCGAGGGACUGGUUUGGGACUCCAGAGGACUACAGCGGUUUCUGUUCUCUCUGGUAGGGGUGGGCUCACAGUGGUGGGGUUCCGUGUGAUUAUGUCUGUCACAGGCAGGACUGGGGGAGGGAGGGAUCAGGGGUUAGGGUAGAGUUUCUCAAACUGUGGCAUGGGGACCCCAAGGGGAGCACAUUAGCGUUUUCUGCACUAACACUACACAGCUGAUUCACGCAAUCAAAGCUUGAUGAUGAUGUUCAUUAUUUAAAUCAGCGGUGUGGUGCUCGGGCAAAAAAAAACGUGGACCGAGUUUGGGAAACACUGGGGUUAGGGUGUCUUGGUUGGACCUGCUGCAUCAAAAACAGACCGCUCCUGAACCUCACCUACUCCCCUCCGCUCUUCUGAUCAAAGAGGAUCAAUAGUUAACCUGAUCACUUUGAUCUAAAACGGACAUCUCCUGGACCCCACCGUCUCACCUUAUUCCCCUCCGCUCUGCUCACCUGAGUAAAGCAGGCUCAAUAGUUAACCUUGGCCCGGUUUCCCAAGAACGUUAGAUACGUUGUCGUUAAAUCUGUGAGCAGUUUCCCAAAACCAUCGUUAUUAACGUUGCACUUGAAGAUGCUCGUAAUCUAACGCCUGCAUCAGAUCAUCUCAGAACAGCCGAGUUAAUGUUUUUUUUUGCCCUCCCACGUCACUUUAUACACAAGAUCUCCGCUUAACAUAAUCACAUGGUUUAUCAGUCUCUGUGACCACCUAUAACUUCAGAACAAAGUUGACUACAAAUACAAAGUUGCCAAUGUCUUUGCCAUUGAAACAGUGGGAGGCGACAUACAAAGAUGCUUCAAAUGUACUGACUGUACUGUAGGAUACUGUCUGUAAUUUGUGUCAAUAUAUGUCAUCACGUGUAGCCUAACAAAUCAGUGAUAUGGUGCAUUUGUUAUUGGGUAAGCGUUAAAAAAUAAGCCGACUCGAUAUUUACAACUGAAGGUGGUAAUGUGUCUCUAGAAGCUGAUCCGUAGUCAGUUUUGUGAAAGAAAUAUAAUGUAAAGGAAAGAUUUGAAUGGAUAAAAGCUGACCUGAGAGCAGCACUCCCGUUCGAUCCUAUCAGUAGCAACACAUGCUCCAACGAUGCAUUAAGCGACCGUUCUCUACGCGUGGUGUUUUUGGAAACGCAUGUUAUAUAUUAGGCGGUUGUAGGAAAGUUGCAUCGUUAAAACAGUUGUAAGCCUAAGGUCCAUCGCUAUCGUGAAACCGGGCCCAGAUCACAUUGAGCAACAUUCACGCGUAGCUGUUGAUUUUACGGAGUAUUACCAAGUUUAAUUCAAAUCAGUCUCUGUAAAAACUAGGAAAUGUGGAGUUGUUUAAGAAUAUUUAGGAGCUUUAGCUAAAUAUUUGGUCCUGCUUUGUGACAUCAACCCCUGGUUGGCCGCCAGACGCCCUACUCCACAAUGUGAUGUCAUCAUAGACUGCAGGGCAACUUCCUGGUUACGGAAAACACCAACACAAUUCAAAUUUGCCAAAACUGACACUUGACUCUUCCCAAUGUGAUCAGUCUUCUUGGCAGAUAAAAAUGUUGCUGUUGUCUGUAAAGCAGAGCGCUGCCCCAUUUUGUGUAUGAUGUCAUAUGGUGGAGUGUACCUUUUUUUUUAACCCAGGUAGUGUCCUAGUGUUAAUCCUGUGUACCUGGUUCAGACUACAUCGGUAAUGUUUGUAUUUGCUGUUGUUUGAUUGCACUCACAUUUGAUUACAGAAAGCGUCUAUAUAUGAAAUAAAAUACCUGCCAAGGA